CCCAGUCUGAGGCUGCUGGUCGAGAGGGAAGCAGUGAGGACAGCGUCCCUGGUCCACAGACGGGAUGAGCGGGGGAGCGGAGCAAGCUGACAUCCUAAGCGUGCUCUCCCUGGUCAAGGAACGAUGGAAAGUGGUGAAGAAGAUUGGGGGUGGCGGGUUUGGGGAGAUCUACGAGGCGGUGGACCUGUUGACGCGGGUCAGUGUGGCGCUGAAGGUGGAGUCGGCCCAGCAGCCCAAACAGGUGCUCAAGAUGGAGGUUGCCGUGCUCAAGAAGCUCCAGGGUAAAGACCACGUGUGUCGCUUUGUGGGAUGUGGCCGCAACGAUCGCUUUAACUACGUGGUGAUGGAGCUUCAGGGUCGCAACCUGGCUGACCUGAGGAGGAGUAUGACCCGGGGAACCUUCAGCAUCAGCACCACCCUGCGUCUGGGGCGCCAGAUACUGGAGGCCAUAGAGAGCAUCCACUCCGUCGGCUUCCUGCAUCGUGACAUUAAACCGUCCAAUUUCGCAAUGGGCCGCUUCCCGAGUACCUGCCGAACCUGCUAUAUGCUGGACUUUGGUUUAGCUCGCCAGUUCACCAACUCUUGCCAGGAGGUCCGACCUCCCCGUCCAGUGGCAGGGUUCAGAGGAACAGUCCGCUAUGCAUCUGUCAAUGCACACAAGAAUAAGGAGAUGGGUCGUCAUGAUGACCUGUGGUCUCUCUUCUACAUGCUGGUGGAGUUUCUGGUCGGACAGUUGCCGUGGAGGAAGAUCAAGGACAAAGAACAUGUGGGGAAGCUGAAGGACACUUAUGACCAUCGUCUGAUGCUCAAACACCUGCCGGCAGAGUUUGGUGUGUUCUUGGAACACAUCUCCAGCCUUGACUACUUCACUAAGCCUGACUACCAGCUGCUGAUGUCAGUGUUUGACAACAGCAUGAAAACCUACAAUGUCGUGGAGAAUGACCCUUAUGACUGGGAGCGGACCGGCACAGAUGGCACUUUGACAAUCAGUGCCACUGCCACAACACCGCAACAUCACACCCGCCUCACUCCAGCACACAUGGGUAUGGCUAAUGCCUCCCUGAUCCCUGGCGACCUGCUGAGGGAGAACACAGACGAGGUUCUGCAGGACGAGCAGCUCAGUGAUGUGGAGAACAACCCCGCUCCAGAGCGCCUGCCAGGCUCUCCCCUCCACCCACACCGCAACCAGGAGGCUGAUGUCUGGGAGGAGCUGGAUCGCAACCGUAACCGCAUCAGGACGGCAGUCAGGAAGGCGGCAACAGAGGAGGAACACAGCAACAACCAGGGUAACCAAGGACACCAGAGCCCCUAUGCUGGGCCAAGCCUGGGAUCCCCAGUCAAACUACACCCUGAGGGCGUGGCUUCAGACCGUGAUGGACCUCUGCUGAGAAAGCUCCGCAACAUUCACAGUUUUGAGCUGGAGAGGAGGCUUGGCCUAGAGUCCAAGCCUAGUCCAGAGCGCUUCCUGGAGGCCUGCUCACCGAAACAGCAGAUUGGCACCCAGCACCAGGAGAAGGAGGCUGACGGGCCUGCAAUCAUCCCAGUAACUCAGGGUCAAGCUGUACCUGCUGGGGAGCGUACUGAUAGGGUCUGGCACUAUGAUGAGGAGUUCCGUUCUGGUGGUGGUUCUCCUAAGCCAGCAUCCUCUGGAUCUCUGGAGCAGGGAGAGGGGGCAGCCAGUAGCGGGGGCUUUGUGGCCCUCAAUCUGAGCUCUGGGAGGCAAGACAUUGACUCAAGGGAGUGGGUAAUGGUGGAGCGGCCCUGUGGCUCUCCAGGAGCCAAGGCUACCACCAGCCCCUCAGAGGAGGAUGAGGAGCCGGAAGUGCUCCAGCAAGGGGAACAGUCUCCUGGAUGGGAAAAGGGCAGCCCUAGCCCUAACUCUGGCCAAGCUAAACAAAGCAUGGCUUCCUCCAAGGGAAGUGCAAAAGUGGACAAGUUGGAGCUUAGCGUGGGCCCUGUAGGGGCUCUGCCCCCCAUCACUCCAACCAGCCCAGCUGAAGCUCUGGCUGAGGGAGUUCUCACUCAGCUCCCCACCUCUCCUCCGUCCCUGCCUGAGGAGGUUGCGGUCCGGACAUCCAGCCCCAUUCCUCUGCGCUCUCCCAGCCCUCACACCCUUCUGACCACCUUGUCGGACCCACUGCACCAGCGCCAGCCACUGGGUAUGAGGCGCAGCCAGUCCGUCGACCAACAGCAGCAGGAGCGCCCCUCCUCUUCCUCCUCCUGCCACGCCUCCCUACCACUACCACCAAACCCUGCCCCCGGCACCCGCUCGCCCAGUCGCAGGAAACUGCCGGCCAUCCCGGCGGGUGCUGCCAACACCAAGUUUCCCUCUGUCAUACGCAUCACCCGUGCCCAGCUUCAGCAGUUGACAGCUCAGCGUCCCUCUGGGCUGUCCUCCCAGUCAGGAUCAGACAGUGCCCCACAGUGCCUCCUGCUGGAGAGGUGUGGUGAAGCUGAAGCUGAGGCUCAGCAAGUCCAGAAGCGCACAGCAGACAUCAGCUCCCCUGAGGACCAUGUACCCACCCAUCCAGGGACACCCACAGACCCCCUGGCUGAGAUGCUGGUCAAUGGAAACAACCACACCAAAGCUCAAAGCCCUGUGCCAAGCCGCGUGUCUUCCCCACGCUCCACCCGUUCUCCACACUCACCCCCUCUGUGCUCGCCUUCCUCCCCACGCUCUCCACGCUCCCCUCACAGCCCUGUGUUUGCCAAUGGCCACCUCUCCCCUCCUGUUAACGGCCAAAGGGAUUUAAAUAAUGGAGCAUUCCCCAAGCUGAAAGACCCUGAGAAUGAAUAUGGCCAUGCUCCCUGUGCCACAGAGCCUCAGCUAAGGCGAGAGGAGACCAGAGAAGUGAACCAGGCCCCAUAUCAGACCAGUUGCCCAGCCUCCUCCUCCCCGGCUGCCCCCCGUAAGGACCCCAGCCGGAGGCAAAGUCGCAUCCCAGUCCUGGAGCCCUCCAGCCUGCUGGAACUCCCUCCUCCAGGGUCUGCGAAGGAGAAACUCCUGCAGAAGAAAGCUAGCCACCAGGGCCCGGUCCCCUCUCCCACUGCCUCGCCAUCCCUCUCUGAUAGGCGUGGCCCCCUGGUGGCCUCCCUUGCUAGGGACCCACUGUCCUCCACCUCUGACCGCUCUCAGGAGGAGGACUCUCUUAUGGGCUCCCGUUCUGACCGCCAGGGAGACGAUGCUCCUUCCCUCUCCUCCUCCUCCAGCCCUCUGUCCCGCAAGAGCAGGAUCCCUCGUCCCGUUCAUUCAGCUUCUUCCGCUGAGCAGCUGGCUGCCCAAUUCCUGCCACGUCCACCCCCUGGAAAACCACCUUGCCGCCCCACGGUGGAGGGCAGGCUUAGGCGUUACCGCAUUCGAGCUGGCAGCAACAGUGACUCAGACCUCCUGACAUGCCUUGCUCAGCUGAUGCAUGGUUCCCGAGGCUCUCCCCUUCACCACCGUUCCUCAGCCCAGCACGGGGGCUCCAGGAUGGGCAUCUGCAGCCUGACAAGCUCUCCGCACCACCACCGCAGCUCUAGCGCAUCCCCACGCAGCUCCUCCUCCCUGCAGCGCUCCGUCAGCUCCUCGCCCUCCCGCCACGAGCACCGCGGCGGCGGGGGAGGGGGUUGCCUGGGCCGUAGCCGUUCGCCUCCCAGCUUCUCUGGCUCGCCACCUCCCCGCCGCUUCUACCCUCACCACCAGGAGACUUGCUGCAGCCGCCAGGCCCGCACGGGCCCAUUCCACCUGUCCAGGGGAAAAAGCUGUAGCCGAGAGGGCAAGUGCUCCAGCAAGUUGAGCAGAUAGUUGCCCACCAGGUUGCGCUGCCAUAGCAGAGGAUGGGAAGACUCCAAUUAUGAUAGGGUUGACCGCAGUCAGGAUAAAAGCUUCCUGUAUAAUUAGAAAAAAAUCCCUGUUUCCCUGUUUUUGCUGUCAGUCUGAACCUUACACUUGUCUCGUCGUUUCCCACUGUCUCUUCACUCCUUCUUUUUGCACACAGGGUUUGUCAUUAAUUUAUAUGCCCAGCUUUAAAGGGGUGCUCCAGCGAUUUAGUAUUGCACUUCCAUAAAGUUGUUGGACUUGUGAGAGACAGAUUUAAAAAAAGAAUGGUCAAAAUCUGUGCGGCAGAAGCCGAGAUAUCCUGACGUUUAGUCUGUUAAGCUCCAAAAAUGCUGGUUCCUACAUUUCCCAUUAUGCAACAAAAUAGCAUCUUUCAUCACGCCCCCGCCGUCUCAUAAGUGCCCACUUCUUUCAAACCCCACACCUCCAGUUUCCAAUGAAGGCUCAAGGCGAGUAAACUGGACUUUAUGUGUAAAAUCAGUGGAGUGCCGCUUUAUGAUAACUUAUCAAACAAGCGAUGUUGACAUGUCAAGGUCCUCAGUUUAUAUUAUCAUGUUGUAGACAGUGAUUUCCUAAUGCAGGCAGAACUAUAAUACAUAAUCAAUAGUUAGUUGGGCCAGUGGGCACAAAAAUAAAUCAGUUUCCUGUUUAUUCGUCUUCAUCCAUCCUGCACCAUAAUAUAAUGUAACUUAUUUAUCCCCAGUAUUAAUGCACUUGGAUUAUACUGAUGGAAUAUCAGUAUAGCUGAUCACAGCUUAAUUAAAUAUUGGCCUGGGGUUGACUCAGUUAUCUCCUCUGUAUUUGGAGAUGGCAGGCAGGGUAUAAUAUUUACUUUAUGCUAUAUGUGAAUGCAUAAAGCCAGAAUUUGUGUACAGUUGUAUUUAUUGAGAUAUUUAUUUUGAUGCUUAGCGAUGCUUUUCGACUCCUACCCUCUUCUGUGUGAUAGUGGAUGUAUGGUUUUAUGUCACUCACAUUAGUUUUAAAUGUUUAAUCGAAGGGAUUACUCCAAAGUGACCCUUUUAUACAAUCAAUCAUGUAAAGUGCGUGAGGACACACACCUUUUUGUGCCUACUGUGUUGCUAGGAGGGAAUUAUAAUGUACCCUGAAUGAAGGGAUUACAAGUUAGAAUUGUGAAGCUCCUUUUAGAUCUGAAGGCAUUGAUGGAACAUGUGUUUUCAGUUAUGGUAGUUGUAGUAGUAGUAAACAACACAAGGUACAUUACUGAUGAGUAAUGUUCAGACACAGAUGUUUGUCUCAGCGUGUGCCUUGGCACUUUGGGCAGCUUGAGGAUUCACUUUGGUUUAUUUGUAAUUAGAAAAAAAGGAGCCAAAAACAAACUUGUGCCAGCGGUUAUAAGAUGACCCUUUUCACCAGUAUUCUUUUAUGUAGAAAAGGUAGCAACACAAAUGUUUGUAAAUUAAAUACAAUUUGAGCAACAGUUUACUUGAUGACAGAGUAGCUAUUAUUUGUAAUGACAAAAAGGAAAUAUUUCAAGUGAUACCCGACUAGGUGAAACUUUAAAAAAAAUGUGAAUUUCAGACCUCAAACAGCAUUUUGUCAAAUGUUAUUGAAAAUGGAGGUCAUAUGUACAUAUAUUUCUCACACCAAAAUGAUGUUCCAUGCUUCCAUGUGCAAGAAUGUUUUUUGUUCCUCCUGCGCCGGAGAAUGUCUUUUAUAAAAUGACACACAGUUUGUUUGUGCACAAGGCAAAGGAAUCAGAGUAUUUAUUUGUGUUUAAUUUAGUUAGGAUUCCUCACUGAAACUCUCCUCCACAACCUCCUCCCACUCCUCUGCUUGUAAGAUACUGUAAAAUAACUCCAACUUCCUCCCAGUGCUACUCUUUGCAUGCUCAACAGCGGAAAAAAAAUCAGAAUCAACUACUGAGUAAAAAGCUGCAUACCACUUCCCAUCACGCCUCUAUCUUGUAAAGAUUUAAACCCAGCAGUGACUUCAUUGCCUGUUGGAUAAGCAAUUUUAAUUUCUGUGAAUCUGCGUAUUUUCUCUGACCCAUCUUUCACUAUUCCUCUCCCCACCGCGCUUCCUGCACUGACUUGGGAUGAUUGUGUUGCUGGAACAUGAUGCAACUAGCUGACAUGAUGCACAAAAGAAUUAACAUAAAAAUAAAAAAGGAGACUAGACUUUGCUGUGUUUUAAGCACUUGUAUCGUAGGAAACAACACGAGUUGAAAGAUGAAUGGCAGUCAUAGCCUCUAUAGGAUAUGGCUGCACACAUGGAGAAAGAAAAAAAUCACAUUGCCAAAUAUUUUGAUACAUUUUGCAGAUGUGGUUUGACUUGAUAAUGAUAAUGUUUAGAGACUGAAUGGGCGCAUUGCUUUGUAGAUAUGAAUGUUUCGUUUGACUCGUGCAGAUCUUGCAGAUACCUACGCUAGCCUCACAGAGCAGCUAUGAUGACUCAUCCUGAAGGCAGACAGCGUUCAGUCAGUCAGUCGCCUUAAUGUCUCUUCUCUGCCCCUCUGUGCGUAGCGAGGGAUGACUGAGCCUUGUCUGUGUUGGAGAUCAUUCCACUCUUAGGCCAAGCCAAGCCUUCCUGUCACUAAUCUCCUGUCUGUAAAUGGCAUGUGCUACCAUGCCUGUCAGCGUGGUCACUAUAUCACCACUGAAAUCAGUGCUGUCAGACUCUUGUGCUUACAAAGCUGUGCUUCUAUUGGAGAGCUCUCUGUUAUUCUGUGAGAAUGCGUGGGCCUUUUAUUGAUUGACUGGUGGAAAAUUUCAGGGUGCAGUAUUCAAGGUGUGUUGGCUAGUGUGAUAACUGUAUGCUCUCCAACAGGGGCGUGCAAUUUCUACACGUCGCCAGCAAUCAAUCUUUGAAUUCUCCCUCUUUCAGCAGGCUCACAGAUUUCAAGAUAUUUCAAGCUUUCAAAAGUUCAAAACGCUUUUGUGCAGACUUUUAAUAUAUACCUGUAAAAUAAUAAAGUAAUUAUUUAAAUAAAUAAUUAUUGUAAAACCAUAACUUAUAUGCUAACAGGCUUCAGUGGAAGGGAGGAACAGACACUAAACAGUGCUGCUGGUUUUAAAAGAUAAUCGGAUUUCGUCUGAUGUUUUUUUUUAUUAUUAUUAUUGCACAUAAGUGGUGUGUAGUUGUAGUACUAGUGAUACCUUCCAGAUGAGAUUUUCUUUGUCACUUUUUUAAAGUGGCCUACUCAUAGAAAGGUGUCAUAUUUAUAGUAGCUUGCUGGUAUUUAUGGUUACAGAUACCCAUAGGUGAACAAAACAAACCCAGCUGUUUUAUUUUAUAAUGAAAGGCGAGAUGGAAACUAAUGAAAGCUUUGGUGUGCACUGGUACACUUCUCAUGUCAUAACGGAUUACUUGUUAGUAACUUAUAAAUACUUGACAGAAAUUAUUUAUUGUGACAUUUGCUAAUUUGCCCAUCCAUCAUUUUGACUUCAGUUGUUGGGAUUUUUUAAUGGUUGAUAUUUUUGUGUUGUAAUGUAUGUCAUGGUUUUGAAAUGUAACUGUACAGUCUCAAGGAAAGAAUGUAACAAGUGGGAGUUUUGCAUUGUAUAUAACUGUAAUUAUUUAUGUUUAUUCUAUCAUUUGUAUCAUAUCAAUGCCUUGUACAGUGUUUUUUUCUUUUUUGUUUUAAAAUUAUUUUGUAUUUUAUUUUUAUAAACUGGUUAUAAAUAAAAUACUCAUUCCGCAUGCAGACACAAUCUUGUGAAAGGUUUCUGUUUUUAAUCCUGAAAUGUUCGGGCACUGGAGGAGGACAAAGUUAUAAUAGGCAAUUGUGUGGGUUUCUAUUAAUUCACUGGACUGUCAGUCUGUUGUUUGUUUAUUUAACAUCUUUAUUAAGAAAACCAGUUUGUAACAAUCAGACAUCACAUUGAACAAAAGGUAGGGGAAAUAAAUGUCAGAAUAAGAUUCAAAAUGAAUACAAAAGUUACAACCAAAAUACCGCAAAACAUACAUACAAUACAAUAAAAUAAAAUGCUACAGAGA